AUGAAGGCUUCAAUUGUUGCCUUUGCGGCUCUGUUCGCUGCGGCCGCUGCGGCUCCCCCUCGCGGUCGUGAUACCACUUCCUGUCGCUGCAUGCCCGGCGAUAAGUGCUGGCCUGCACCUCCCGCCUGGUCCAACCUCAACAACACUCUCGGUGGUCGUCUCAUUGCUACCGUGCCCAUCGGUAGCCCUUGCCACGAUCCCACCUACGAUGCCGCUGCUUGCCAGGCUCUGCAGGGCAACUGGACGCACCCUCAGCCCCACCUGAGCUCCCCCACAUCGAUCAUGCAGAUCUUCUUCACCAACCAGACUUGCUCUCCAUUCUCCGCCGAGAGCACUCCCUGCACUCUGGGUAACUUCCCCAGCUAUGCUGUGAAUGCUUCUUCCGCCAGUGAUAUCCAGGCGGCGGUCAACUUUGCCCGUAGCAACAACAUUCGCUUUGUCAUCAAGAACACCGGUCACGACUACCUUGGCCGUUCCACCGGUGCUGGUGCGCUUUCCGUCUGGACUCACAACCUCAACAAUGUUGAGUAUCAGGACUACUCCGACGCUUACUACACCGGCCCUGCCUUCAAGGUCGGUGCCGGCACCAUGGGUUUCCAGGUAAUGGAGGCUGCUCACGCCAAGGGUCUGCUCGUCGUUGGCGGUGAAUGCCCUACUGUCGGUAUUGCCGGUGGCUACACGCAGGGAGGUGGUCACUCCGCCAUGAGUACCGCGUUCGGUCUCAGUGCCGAUAACACUCUGCAGUUCGAGGUUGUCACUGCCGAUGGCAAGCUGAUCACUGCUUCUGCCUGCCAGAACAGUGAUCUGUACUGGGCUCUGAGCGGUGGUGGUGCUGGUAAUUACGGUGUCGUCGUCUCCAUGACCAUCAAGGCUCACCAGGAUGCCAUUGUCGGUGGUGCCAGUCUGCAGUUCACUCGUAGCGGUAUCUCCGCCGACCUCUUCUACGAGGCCGUUGCUCAAUUCCACCAGCUUCUCCCGGCCAUGAUUGAUACCGGUGCUACCGUCAUCUACGAUAUGACCAACACCUUCUUCGUCAUCAACCCCGUCACCGGUUACAACAUGACCUCCGCCCAGGUCACCGCUCUUCUGACCCCCUUCACCAACGCUCUCACCAACAUGGGUAUUCAGUACAAGUUGGGUGUGACUCAGUUCGACAACUACUACGAGCACUACCAGAACUACAUGGGUCCCCUUCCCUGGGGUAACCUCGACGUCGCCACCUACCAGUAUGGCGGUCGUCUCAUCCCCCGCGACACCCUUGAGAACAACUACAACGGCCUGGCCGCUGCUCUCCGCAACAUCACCGAGUCCGGUGUCAUUGCCGUCGGUGUUGGCAUGAACGUUACUGCCCAGGGUGGUCGCAACGCGAUCUUCCCCGCUCUCCGCAACGCCGCCAUCACCAUGCAGAUCGGUACCCCUUGGAACGAGACCGCUCCUCGCUCCCAGAUGGUCGCCGAGCAGAUGAAGAUCACCGACCAAUACGUUCCCCAGCUCGAGGCCGUCACUCCCGGUAGCGGUUGCUACCAGAACGAGGCCAACUUCCGCCAGCCCAACUGGCAGGAGACCUUCUUCGGUGUCAACUACAACCCCCUGUUGAAGGUGAAGAACACUUAUGAUCCCAAAUCAUUCUUCUAUGCCCUCAAGGCUGUUGGCAGUGAUGUUUGGACUGUGUCUGAGUCUGGCCGUAUGUGCCGUGCUUAA